GCAGCACGAGGACAACAAUGGAGAUCAGUAAAAAAUCGAAGAAAUCAAAGAACGCGAAGAAAGACUCGACACUCACACUGAAGCUCACGGCACUCCAAAAAAAGAAAAAAGAGGUUGCACGCGUUCUCACCCUGAAACACGAAAUCCUGUUCAAAUCCUCUGUUUCCUAUUUGGAGUACCUGGAGCUGCGCGCCGAAAUAGAGCGUCUCAAUGGCCUCAAGGAUAACUUCACGCGACGCGUCGACAAAUUAAAACAACAAGCUAAAUAGUCUAUAAAUUCUUCGUAGUCGUGAGGGCUUUAAUGCCUGUUGUAAUGGUUAAAGAAACUUAAUCUAGGAGGAGAGUUGUACACAAUAUAAGGAACAUUUGAUAAUUGUCUUUACUUUUUAAUAAAAGUACUAGAUAUUA